GAUUCUCUCGAAUGUAAACAUAGUGACGGCAGCGUUUUGCAGUGGUGGAGAAGAACGUGUACGUCAUUUUCACAAUGGCGGAGGCUGGGUGAGGAGGAGAGUGUGUGUGUGAAGCGGCGCCGUAAUCGUUAGAGCUAUAUUGCCUGUAUUGCGUGCACGGUGCCCGAAAAUGGCCCUGAACCCCCACGCGGUUGGGAAAAGGGACUCAGGCUGUACCAAGACGAACGAUCACCAGCUGGAUGGUGGCGAACCCCCGAAGAAUUCAUCCGCCACCUCGGCCACAGCCAACCAAAAUGGCGAUCAGCUUGGAUGUGGAGACAGUGUAAUGCCCGAACAAGAAGCCCCUGAGCGGCGGAGGAGUGUGCAGGCGGACGCCCGGAGCUUUAGCAGUUCUCCCUUGCUGGGCCAGAGACCGAAUGAGGAACUGCCACGGAAAAAUUUCCAAAUUCCGAGGAAGAUACGAGAACGGAAAGGCUUGUACCACUAUCUGCCUCCGGACAGUCGUGAAUUUGAGGACCUUGUGAAGCUUGUUUCUUCAUUUUACUUGGACGCCUCAUCUCGAGGGACCUUCUCCUACUGCAAAGCCAGGCUCAUUCACAAUGAGCUGCUGGAGAAGGAGUCCAUUGAGAAGCGGAGAGAGAUGAAGCAGGAGGGGCGGACAGAGCAAGAACUGACUGAAUCCUACUGUUUCCUCUAUCCAGACAAAUCUAAGCUCAUGUUGAUCUGUGAAAAGGGUCUGAUGGUUGGACACACAAGGAUUACAACACUAGGGAAUCCAUCAGUGGGUGUCUAUCUCUCCAAAUACUCUGAUUUGUUACAAAUCAAUCCUCUGGAUGUUGGCACUGUUGGAGACAUAAUUGUUUUUAAAGUUAUGAGGGGCCGAAUAAAGCACAUCCAUGAGAACAUGCCUAAGAACGCUAUCGAACCUACACCCAAGUUUGACUGUCACCUGUCCAGAAGUGCCAACAGGGUUACAUCUCUGCUGUCUUACAGAGCUUUUGAGCUCACACAGCAAUAUUUCUUCGAGUUUGCAUUCGAAGAGAUCAAGGCACGGCCCCGGCACGUCUGCCCCUAUGCUGUGGUUUCUUUUCAGUACAAAGGCAAAGAAGCAGCAGCUGCUCCGAUGACUGCACACAGGUUUAACACCAUUUCCCCUGAAGGAAGUAGAGGGAAAAGCUGCUACACUGUGUGGAGUGGUCCGCUUGUAAACAAGGGCAAGGAGUUAUUCCCUAUUUGUUUACGCUCCUCCUCGCGCCCCUACCUUCCUUUCAAAUUGCCUGAGAAGCUGGAUAUGAGUCGGGGUAUGCAGCUGGAUCAGGUGAAGCGAAAGAUUCACCCUGUGCUCUUCUCUUGGGACACCUACAGCGCAUCACGGGAAGUGAUGAAGUGUGGGAUGUCCUGCAGCCUGUUUGAGGUGGUGGAUGGAAAAGGCAAAGCAACCAGCGGCAGCUUGGCAGCGCUUGUCCACAAGCUGGAGAGGGACAGGAUGGUGCUGGUGAAGUCCUUGUUUGACAGGGGCUUUCUCUUUCUGCUGUCCUCAGCUCAAAUGGUCGAGUCCAAAGAGCGGCGGGGGCGGGUGGAGAAGAACCUGCAAGCAUUAUUCAUCUUUCAGGAGUCAAGGAUGGUUGUCAAGUACUCAUCCAGACUCUUCGAGCCUGAGCCACUGACGGCGGAGCCCCAGCCUGCUAUCCUUUCUUCCGUGGAGCCCUUCGUCCCUGCUUUGCACUAUGCCCUUUUCAAGUUACGUCCAAACCCAGGCAAGGACCUGAGCUCUGGGGUGGAGCGCCAGGCCACCGAUUACCUGACUCGCAUGGAUGCAGGCACGGUACGGCCGUUCAUUCUGCCUGACUACAAAUAUAAUGUAGACGAAAGGACAAACCCAGUGCCCCGACCCAAAUUUAACAUGGACGCCGUGCUACGUACGUAUGUUCACAACCCGGUCAAUUACAUGCUGCCUCUAAACAAGGCAAAGGACGUCAUUGAAAAAAUACGGAACCCCACCCCUGUCCCCACGCCUGCCCCUGCCCCAGUGGAAUACAGCCCCGUUUCUGACUGGGGCGGCUCGGACAGGGGCUCGGACAGGGUCGAAAAAGUCCCAGAAAAGCUCCCUCAGGAGAGGCCACCUUCAGAGAGACCACCUCAGGAGAGGCCAGCACAGGAGAAGCCUCAGAGGUCUGGGUCGGCGCACUCUAACGGGGCACAAGUGCAGCACAAGUCUCACGCAGAGGCCCAGCCUCAGCCAGCUCAGAGACUGCGGCUGUCGCAGAACGAGUACGAUAAAGACAAGAUGAAGCAGCUGCUCAAGCUGAUCCAGCUCCAUAAGAAAGCACUAGUGAAGGAUCCUGGGAAGGACAAAGGAGAGGAUGGGGCUUGGGAUGAAAUCAGCCUGAAGAGGAAGUUAGAGGGAGACGAGAGGUUGGGUUUGAACAAACGCCAACGGGCAGAUGCACUGAACAACGGGGAACCCAGUCGAGGCGCCCAAUCAGACGAGAUGGGCGAGGACGCCGGACAGAGCGACAAUCUGACAGCGGUGAUGGAAAGCAUGGGCAUCUACGACACUGACCUGAGAGCUCGGGGCAACGCCAACACCUCAGCAGUCAGCGAGACACAGCGACUUCUCAAGAUCCUCCUCGCUACUCUCAACAAAGCCGUGGCACAGGGUUCGAUGGCUGUGCCGCCAAAUCACGGUGAACCAUCGACGGGUUCAGGAAGGGUGGAGCCCGCUUUCCCUGACCCAGAUCUGAGAAAACCAAACGAGCCAGCAUUACAAACAAACUACACAGAGGAGGAUAUGGACUGUAGCCCUGGAAGUCCACUCAGCCCAGGCUCCCCACCAGAGCAAGCUCACACCUCAAACAACCCGACAUGGGUCAACCCAGCCAAUGAAGACAAAGCACAGCCUUUUCCUGAGCCAAAGCCUGAGCUUGAGCCGGAGGCUGUGACAGUGGCUAACAGCUACCCGGAACAGAAGAUGCCAGCAGCCGUGGAAGUGAAAAAGGCGGCUGCAGCACCCUCGUUACCUGUCACAGAAGAAGUUCCCUGUAGGCCCUCCAUCAGUCUGGACACCAUACUCAGCCAGGAAAUCCACAGUCUUACCUCUGACAUUAAAAACAUCAUGCAGACUCACCACAUCUGCUAUACGUCAAAGCAAUCCACAAGGUUGCCGACACGCCACUGCUGGCUGCCCAAUAGCAGCUUCUCAGACUUUGUUGUCCCCUAUGUCUCCCCCGUCCCCAUUCAGGGACACGUCAAAGCACUGUGCGAGAAGAUGGACAAGUUGAUCCCAUCGCCACCUGCUCCCCCCAAGGUCACUUCUCCACCUCCCUCUGUCACAACGUCUAAUCUUACAACACCACCCCCCACACCGGCCACGACUCCAAAAACUAAAUCGGAGUCCUCCCAGUCAAAGAGCGGCAAAGUGCUCCCCAUUAAAGAAGCAGCAUCAUUGAAGACGAAAACAGACUCCCAGUCCUCAGAGUUGGGGGGAGAGAUGUAUUCUCCCUCUCAUGUCACAGCAGACUCUCCAGAGCACAACUCUCAUAAUGCAGGGGCUGCUUCUGGGAGCAGGUCUGGCCUGCUGGCUGGCAGCCUCAUCAGUCAGCUGAAGCCUGAGGUGUUCAGCAGCCUGGUGGAGAUCUUUAAGGACGUCACCAAGAACACGGUCAAGUUCUACAUCUACUCCGGGGAUGAAGGGGAGGAGAGCACUGUUUGCAAGGAGAUUAAGGAGUACUUGAAGAGUCUCGGCAACAGCGAGUGCAGCCCGCAGAUGUUUCUGGAAAACAGCGGCAGUCUAGAUAAGCUCCUCAUCAUCAUUCAGAACGAAGACAUCGCAGCACACGUGCACAAGAUCCCGGCUUUGGUGUCUUUAAAGAAGUUGCCUUCUGUGAGCUUUGCUGGAGUGGACACUUUGGACGACGUCAAGAACCACACUUAUAACGAGCUGUUUGUGUCCGGAGGUUUCAUAGUCUCUGAUGAGUUUGUCCUCAACCCUGACCUCAUUACAACAGAUCGUUUGCAGGGCCUCCUGAAGUUCUUAGAGGAACAGAGCACCCCAGAACACCCCUGGCAGUGGAAGGUACACUGCAAGUCCCAGAAGAAGCUCAAAGAACUUGGCAGGUUAAAUGCAAACGCCAUGGGGCUGCUGAAUCUUCUCACUGCCUAUCAGAAAAAGCACCUUGUGGAGUUCCUCCCGUAUCACGAGUGUGAUACCCAGUCCCGUCAGGCUCCAGAUCUGGAGUGCCUGAUCAAGCUCCAAGCUCAGAACAUACAGCAGCGGCACCUUAUCUUCCUCACAGAGAGACCAUUUGAGAUGUUCCUACAGUACUCUAGAAAUGGAAUAGUGAUUGGGAGCAUUGAUGACGUCAUGAGUGGUUUCCACAGCCUCAUUGGCUCAAUUAAUCAGAACGAGCUUCCAACACCGCCUUCUACUGUAGUGAAUGAUGAGUGUGUGGAAGAGGAGGACAUGUCAUUAGACUCAGAUGAUGGGGAGCCAUCCACCACGUCAGAACCCUCAGAGCAGAAACAGGACAGCGUGAAGGGGAAGCCUCCGCAGCCACCUCCUCCUGAAGCUGAUGAGUUUCGCCCUCCACUCCCAGAGCAGGCCACUCCCGAGAGAACUCCUACACUUUCUGACUACAGCGCUCUCAAAACAGCCAUCUCUCAGUUCAAAGCUUCGAAUCAGAUAGGCAUCAGCCCCUCAGACAUUGGUAGCUUGUCCCCGGGAGGCUUUCCUGUGAAUCCUCAUCAGAGUUUCCUGUGUCCUUCAGCCUCCUGGUCAUCUUACACAGGUUCUUCUAGCUAUGCUGCUUCCCCCGCUUACCCUGCCUCACCCUGCAGCAGUACCCAUGACCAGGAAUACCGCCCCACAGCCUCCAACACAGUUCCAACCCCACCCGUCAUGGCCACAUCAGGACCUCUAUCCAACUUGGCUUCCCUUCCCUUGGAGGUCAAACCUCCCCCUCCUCCUCACCUCAUGAUGCUUGGUCACACAUACGGCUCUGACACAGGAGGAACAGGGACUGCUGGGAGCUCCCCACUCACCACUUCCCUCCCCUACACAGACCAUAGUGACUCACCCCAGCCUGGUUACAUGACUGGCAGUGCUAGCCAGACCCCCACACUAGGGGAUAGGACACUCAGUGGACAUGGGGAGGGGCUAUGGGGGGCAGCAGGGACCAGCACUUGUGAGACUGGGGGUGUAGUCACAUCGGGCCCAUUGGACCCCAGUGGGCUCCAUAAGACUGGGGAAAUCCUUGGUGGUAGCACCCCUGGUAGUCAGGGGUGCAGGACUCAGGUGAACUGCACUGACAACCUUGGACCUUCUAUUGGAGUUCCCCCAGUAGCCAACAGGGGGGGCUCAGUAGUCAGACCUAAGCUGCCUCCACACCUCAUAGGCUAUGGUAGUAUAGGUGGCAUUCAUGGACUGAUGGAUCACGGACCUAUGCGGGGUGGUAUGGGAUACAGGGGGAGAGGAGCCCCACCUGUAGGACUUUGGCCCCGGCCAGGACGAGGACAUGACCGGGGGGGUGGGCCUGGUGGUGGACCCUGCUCAUGGGGUUACCCAGCAGGCAGGGGUGGUCCUAGGGAUUACUAUUCGGACUAUUCGUACUCUCACAAUUAUGCCCCUGAAUAGACAAUCAACAUGAUCAAAGGGGGCUCCUUAAAUGCCAUACAAUGGACAGAGAGCUGACUGAAUGUAUAUAUUUCCCUGUCAUAAAAACAUUGAUUUGAAUCAAUAAAUAAGGCUCCUGGUUUUCUACAUUAAUAAAAAUUGAUACAGGCAGUGCCGAGUGUCCUACUGUCGUGUGAACUGUAUGUACACUCUUUCCAUGUGAGCUAUUUGAGACCCUGUCCAAACCACUAUAUUUAUAUUUGCCAACAAAUGUUAAAGGCCUUCCAGCUUCUUGGAGUUUCUCAUGUUAUUUCUGUUUGUCUGGUUUUGAAACGGUUUGUGAACAAGGGGAAAGGCUGAUAUUUUUUUAAGGAAAAAAAAAACUAGUGAAUGAAUUUUCACAUUUGCUGUUGGUUUUCUUUUUUUAUUUUACAUAUUUGGUUGUCCUAAAUUCUAUUAAAAUGAAACAUUUCAAAUCUUGUUUGUGUGACCAGUUUGAAGACAGUGUCAAGCAAACUAUUAAAAAAUAUAAAUCAUA